AUGUCAGGAAGAUUGAGAGAUGACGUGGAGUACUACUCUGCAAUCCAUGAGGGGCAAGGCGAUGGAGAGAGAUCCUCCUACUAUGGCGGAGCCUCCGUACCAUUCAUAUGGGAGUCAACGCCAGGCACACCGAAACACAACCACUUCUCUGAUUUCUCUCUUCCUCCGCCGCUCACGCCGCCUCCAUCGUACUACUCCUCCUCCGGGUUAUUGUCAACGCCAAAGAGACAGAGCAAGGUGAGAACACAACUAACAAGAAUCCUGUCCAUGUCUCUGUUCCAUGACCUCAGGAAGAGCAGUAACAGUAGCAAGAAGACGACCAACACUGUCUCUGGGUCAUCCUUUUCUUGGUCGUCUACGUCUUCUUCAUCUUCCUUCUCCUCCUCGCCGCCACAUUCUUCCAGAAAACCAGUGAGACAUAUAAAGAACUCGCUGGUUGUGGACGGUAAAUGCAAAGAGGACGAGCUUCCAUCGUCGCCAACCUCGACUCUGUGUUACUCGAAUGGUGGAAGGAAAGGGUUUAGUUCGUCAAUGGGGAGUAUGAAGAGAGCUCUGUUCUCUGGAUCCACUGGUAAAGUUCUCAUCAACAAGGCUUGA